AGAAGGAGCAGUAGGGCUGCCCCAACUGUGGCCCAGGCUACCCUGUCCAUGAGGCUCCUGCUGUUGCUUGUCUGGCUGCUGUUGCCAGCCUAUGGGGCGGUGGGCUGGCGCAGAACCGUGCGGGGACUUGUGGGGGAGUCCCUCUCGGUCACCCACAAGUACCAGCCCGGCCAGGAGACGAACCCGAAGUUCUGGUGCAUACUGGGAACACUUUAUACCUGUGCUGAGGACAUCGUCAUCACCUCAGAAUCACAGCCCGUGGUGCAGAAGGGCCGAUUCUCCAUCCGGGAUAACCGCACACACCUGGUGUUCACAGUGACUGUGGAGGAUCUGACCGAGGAGGACGCGGGAAUCUACCUCUGUGGGGUGGAAACGGGAAGGUUCCAGCUUGAUCUUGUAGUGGAGGUGAUCGUGUUGCCAGCCACCCCACCAUCAACCUCCACCACAAACAAGCACACUGAUCUCACUAGCUCUGUAACAGGCCCCACACAGACAACUUCCCAAGGGGGAACUGUGCACGUGACAUCAAAUCCGUCCAGCAACCAAAGAUUGAACGUGGUUGAACACAUCCUCACUCCAGGCAUCAUAGUAGUUCUUCUUUUGCUUGCUGUGGCUGCUGCUGUUCUGGUAAUACUGUCCAGGAAGAGGAAAAAGGCCCUCUCCAGAGCAGCCAUAGAGAUGGACAGGACUCGCAGUGUUUCGCAUACAGGAGCAGAUGCCUUGAAUUAUGCAGACAUUAACCACCACAUGGGCACAGCCGAGAGCCAGCUGUACAGCAACGCUGAGGCUUUCCGCAGCCUGGAGAACUCCACAGUCGAGUACCUGGAAGUCAGGCACAGUGCUAAGCCUGUGGAAGAGAAAUCAGAGGCGAUAUAUGCCAGGGUGCAGAAGCGUGUGCCGCAGCAGGAGCAGAUCUACAGCAACGUGCCACCAGCUACACGGCCCAGCGAGGAGCCCGACAGCAGAGCUGGGGGGGUGUGAGCCAGCACCCGGCCCCACGGGCUGCUCCUGCUGCCAGGGGUGCCACUGGGACCUUCAUUGAGGGGAUUGCAUUGGCAUUCCACUCAGGCAGGAGCUGGCUGGACCAGUGGAGCUGCUGCCUUCCGAGGCUCGGAUGUUUCCUUGGAGCAACACUGGAGAGGAUGAAGUUGAGAGGAGACACGGAGCGGGAUGAGGAUAAAAUCAUCCCUUUGGAUUUGGAGUCCUCAUCCAUACAGCAGUGGUGCUGGGAAUAAAACUUUCCCCCUUGAAGUGAGGCAGU